AUGGCUCCUCCUCCACGUUUACGCAUCCUGUCUGUGGGUGGCAAUGCGAUCUCUGCCUUUUUAUCCUGGCGGCUUCAGGCGACGACCUCGUGCGACGUGACCCUAGUCUGGAAAUCUGGAUUCGAAACCGUGUCUCAAUACGGUGUCUCCUUCAAAUCAAAAGCAUUCGGCAAUGAACGAUUUAAGCCCCGUCAUGUCGUCCGCGCCCCCGAAGACGCCUCCUCCCGUGAACAAGCCUAUGACUAUGUCAUUCUCUGCGUGAAGGCCCUUCCAGACAUCUACGAUUUGGCCUCGGUGAUUGAAUCUGUCGUUACUCCUCAGCAUACCUGUAUCCUUAUCAACACCACAAGUACCAUCGGCCUCGAAUCCCAUCUCGAACAGCGAUACCCGACCAACGUAAUUCUUUCCCUUGUUUCCAACGUGGAAAUCACCCAAACAGGCGCUAGCGAGUUUGAGCACCUCAGUUCCAGCGAAAUCAUUGUGGGCUCAACCAACAAGCAUUCUACGAUUCCCGCAUCCAUUCAGAACGACAUGGCCGCCGCAUUGGCCAUGACCCUGGGCGCGGGCCAGGUCGAAUGCAAAGUGUCGGAAAAUAUCAGACAGGAGCAAUUUGACAGGAUGAUCGGACCCCCUAAUCCUACACAGCUACUAGAGAAAGCUGGUGUUCGCCAAUUGGUCACCGGCGUUAUCGACGAGCUCUUGGAGCUGGCCACUGCGCAGGGCUGCAAAUUCCCGAGCGACUUCCGACAGAAGACAAUUGAGAAGAUGACCGCAUUCGACGCCCCUAGCACUAUGUAUCAGGAUUUCCAGGCCCGCCGCCCGAUGGAAGUUGAGACUUUCUUGGGAUCCCCAAUCAAGCUCGCCACCGAGUCUAACAUGCCCGUGCCUCGAAUUGAGGCCAUGUACGCUAUGCUCCACCAUAUCAACGUCGUGAACCAGUCCAAGCCACGACAAGGCGACUCCCCUCCUGCCUCGGUUAUCGGUCACCCUCCCAGAAUGUCCUCAGCUCCUCCGCAGCGACCCUCGAUGAAUGGUGCUCAGAUGCGAUCGAGCCGCACGCACUCGAACAUGGGAUUGCCCCCCAAUGCGCGACGAGGGCCGCCUCCGGGCAUGAUGCCGAGAGGCCGCGGUGGUCCUAUGCCUCCUCCCGGAAAUGGCGUUCCCCGCGACCCGUCAUUGGAAGGACUCGAGGAGUUCAGCCACCUGGUGGUCUACGAUGGAGCUGAAGGUGAAAUGCCGCAUGCUAAUGGCAAUGGCUUCCCUGAGGGUGCUGCUGGUCCCGGCCCUGAUAUUGCAUUGAGGGAGCGUGAGCUGGCUUUGCGCAAGCGCGAAUUACAACUUCGCGAGCAGGAGAUGGGCAUGGGCAUGGGCAUGGGUAUGGCAAUGCCCAUGCCUCCUGGUAUGCGGCGAGGCCCUGGCCCUGGUCCCGGUCCCGGUCCCGGUCCCGGUCCCGGCCCCCGACGACCACCUCCUCGAGCGGCGACUUUCGACGAGGAAGACGAGGAUUACUUUGACCCGAUGGAUUCCAUGGGAAUUCCCCAUGUCGACCCGGAUCAGGUUGAUAUGAUGAGCAUCACUUCCCGCCGAGCCCGCAAGGCUCCGAGUCAGAGCCAAAUCCGGAAUAACCCAGAGCGCUUCGCCGGCCCUGCGAUGUCCCAUAACCGGCCCUCCUCAUCUGCGUUUGGUCGAUACUUCAACCGCAAGCCCCGUCCAAGUGACCGCGCCAUGCAAGAAAUCCCGAGUCUCCAUGAAUCUCUUCUCGAUAACCCCAUAUUGGGCUACUCUUCCGACAGAUAUGGGUCGGUUGACCGCAAUCAUUUGAAUGCAGGCUCUCGCGCAAACUCCAUCACUGCUAGUGCCAUGGGUGAUUUCGCUCCUCCGCGUCCCUAUCCUACGAGUCGGCGAAACAGCCAAUCCCCGGCUGCUCCCUUCCCGGACCCCCGGGUCCUCGCAUGGGUCGCCCCAUGA